AUGAAGGAGAAAAUCUGUACGAAGCGUAUAUUGUGCGGAACUCUAAGCCAGAGACUGAGCAACCGAACAAAGGAGCUGUAUUCUCCUCAUCCCAGUAAACCAGAUCUCUGGAUUUAUAAAAUGAGAUCAGGUGAUAUGAUUCCUCUUUCCGAUUGCCAAAUCGCAAACCCAUCAAUCAUGGAGCAUGCGGUCCUUGAUUGUACAGGUAUUAAAGAAGCCGUAGUGCUCCCUGUACAAAAAAUUGGCCUGGAGAAUUAUAUUACGUGUAUUACUCUCGUUAUCGAACCUACCUCUGAGGAAUUGUCUAAUGAGCAGAAGGAUUACUGGAUUAAAGAACUUUGGUCGAUUGUUGAAAAGACAAAUUCGUACUACAGAACGAAUUCCUUUGCUGAAAAGAGGCGCAUCUUAUUUGUGGAUCCACGAAAACCAUUGGCUAGGACGGCGUAG